GCCUGUGGCAGGGGGGUUGGAACUGGAUGAUCUUUAAGGUCUCUUCCAACCCACACCAUUCUGUGAUUCUGUGAACAUCGAUGUUCUGCUAAUAUGUAAGAUGUGGGUGGUUGUGGAGGAGGUAUGGGUGGUGUGACAUGGAGAGAUGGUGGGAGGAGCAAUGAGGGGUAGAUAGAAAUGAGUUUCAUGUAUAAAAAGUACAACUUUGACAGACUUGGUAAUUACUGCCUUUUUUUUUUAAUUGCUUUUAAUUAGGCUAAUUCUGUUCUUAAGUAUAUAAAUUUCUGCUUGCACAGCAAUGCUGCAUACUUCAGAGAAGACAACUUGUGUACUGGUAACACAGACAUGGUCAAACAGUGUGUCACCCAUGCUCAUGCCAAGUCACAGAAGGAAUGUGUAUGCCUGUGAUAAGUGCAUUUCCGGUCAUUUAGGCCAGAAGAUUCUGAGCUUGUGAAUGUGACAUGCAGACACCUACAAUGUGAAACCUAUAGACAAUUUGUGUUAUUGUACAGUAAAUAGCAAGAAACAAACAAUGGACACUCAAUUAUUUUCCCCAUUAUUAGGAGCAAUUACUAGUACACCACCUCCGCUAGAAUCUUCCCAUAUGUAUAGUAACUGGUCAACAUGUGAAGAGGAUAUUGGAUCUAAAACUUCUUUUCAGGACUGCACAAAGAAACGGGCACCAGUAAACCUUUCUUAUUCUGGCAGUGGCCCUGAUAUGUUUGGGCUAGUGUCAAGCAUUUUAGAGGAGCCAAGCAAGCCAGAACCAGUUACAGACUGGAAUUCUCUUUCAAGAUUGUUUCCACCUGUGUGGGCAUCUGACCUUGGAAGCAAUGGUGAAUUCUCAGGACUCUCAUCUAAGCACUCUGUUGAAAAUCAGGAUUUUUCAACCGUGAUGGGUACACAGAACUGCUGUCAGGAGCACUUGCAGAAGCCACAUGAUGUGGAGAUGUUACACAGAGGUUUGGAAGAUCUUCAUCUCAUACAGUCUUGGCUUUCUCCAUCUGGCCCUUGCACUCAGCCUGAUAGUAUUCUGAAGAACAGUUACCCUGGCAAUUCCUCUUCGCAAAAUAAUAAUGCAAUUCAUCAAGAAGGAUUUUCAUUUCAAAAUGUAGACUAUAAUCAGCAUUUGGGCAGUUACGACCACAUAAGUUUAAAUGGAGACUAUGACAAAAACGGCUCAAAUUUUAGCACUUUUUCUUCUCAGAAAAGAGUUAAAGAAGGCACUAGCGUUCAGAAAGAGGUUUGGAAAACUGAAAGAGCAAGAAGCAAAGCUCUGAAAAAUUGUACUCAAGAACAAGCUAAGUAUUCCCCUGAUAUUUCUAAUCAGCCUGUUGAUGACUCUUGGGAUCAAGUGUCUCAGGGCAACCACUUGUUUUCUAAAAGAUAUGGAAACUUUACAGCUGCUCAUAAAUUACAGUCAUCUAUUCAUCCAUCACCAUAUUUUUUCAAUCAACCCCCUAAAGAGAAUAUUUUUUCUAGAGGCGCUGACAAAACAGCACAGGAAACCCAUGUGCAAAAUGGUCAUCAUAGCUUUACUUCGGGGGAUGCUCUUAAUAAUAAUGACUGUAAGAUCCAUAUUAGUCCUCAAGAAUGCUCUCAUAAGGUAUCAGAAUAUGAUUUAUCUCUAAAAAAUGUGAUGCAAAAUGGGAGUUACUCAUCAUACCAUGGAUGUACAUGGCUGGAUGGGAAAACAGCUACGUCAGAUAUCCCACGUGGAAAGCAAGUGGUAACAAGUCCGCAAUUGUCUUCAGGGGUUUCGGCCAUGUCUCUUGGUUAUCCCACACAUCAGUCUGUAAUGCAGUCCUACUACCCACAGAUCUUACCUGUCUUCCCUUCAGGGAAGGAUGAAAGGUCACAAAUAUCAAGUGGUGUUUCUAAAAAUUUAGGAGUUUCUAAUUCCAUCUCAGAAAAUCCGAAGCAAGUGAAAGCGAUUGGACGAUUGCAGCACAAUUCAUUGCCUAAUAAGGAGGGGCAAUACCACAAAUGCCCCAUUGAUUUUCCAUCUGACCGGUUAACCCAGCAAAAUGCUGUAAGUGAAGACCCUGAAAAAUAUCACAGAUUUCCAAAAAAACAGACCCAAGAAAGUAGUAAUAAAGAUGAUAAAAGAGGCAGAAGGAAUUGGACUCCUCAUUUUGGAUAUACAACCCCAAAUCAUCAGCAAUUCAAUAUGUUCCGAAAAAGGCAUGAACAGAAUGGUGGUAACAUGUCAGAUUUCAUCAAUCCUUCUUUUUUUCCUUCUUUCCCAUUGAUGUCUGAUUUUAAACAAAAUCCUGGCUUUCCUUCACUUAAUUCUCACCUGUUUUCAUCAGCAAAUAAUUUCAGUUUCCCUCCAUCACCAUUUCCAUUCUCAGAACUUGUUGAUCUUUUUCAUUAUGAUGACUUGAGCCACUUGUAUCCCUUUAUCAAUGAUCUGUUUUGUGGAGAAAUAGCUGCACCAUACUUUGCCUUUCCAACACCAUUUAACAAGUACAGACCUCUGAGAAAUCGCAGUGGACCUGCUAAUGAGCUUCACAUCCGACUGGAGGAGUGUUACGAGCAGUGGAGAGCUUUGGAGAAAGAGAGAAAGAAGACUGAAGCUGACCUUGCAAGAAACUUCCCAGGAAAGCGCAUAUCAAGCUCAAAUACCACUCCCAUGUCCCGCCUUCCUGCUAACCCAUCACGAGUUGAUCGCUUGAUUGUUGACCAGUUAAGAGAACAAGCUAAGGUGCUCACCUUAGUAGGAAAGAUGGAAAGGCUUCGUGGUACCCCUGUACACAGUAACAUAUCCACUACAUUGAAACACCAUAUGGAAGCCAUUCAUGUAACACAGGCGAGGCGUAAGGAUGAGAUUGUUAGUGCUGCUAAUCCACAGAGACAACGAGCGCUGCGUUAUAAUAAUGAGAAAGAUGUUCUGGCUCUGGCAGCUGCCAUUAGAGACUUGGCUGCUUCUACACGCAAGGCUCGUACCGCUUUAUGGUGUGCACUGCAGAUGACCUUGCCAAAAAACUCUUCAAGCAGUCCAGUAAAACCAGAAGUUGUUGAACGGGCAUUGCAGGAGCUUUGUCCUCCAAACACAAGCACACAAGAAAAAAAGCAGCAUGGAGCAUGAAAACAAACGAUGCAAAAAAGAAAAACCUGAGGAACCCAAGAGGAUUCUGGAAUAAUAGCUAAUAAUAAUAAUAACAACAACAAAAGGGAGGUUGAGGAUGGGGAGGUAAGGGCAAAGUGUCCUGCCCAGUACCACGGAUGGUGUUUUUGAUAAGCUAUCAAAAGCUAUCAAAAAAAGCAAAAGGGUUACCAUUACUGAUUAGUGCUGCAUUUCUAUUACUGUGAUUCUGAUGUUGAGACACACAUCUUGUAAUAGUGUUAAUGCAAUUUUAAUAUUGCUGGUAUUGCAGAGUCUGCUACAUAAGAAUUUUGUUAUUAAGAUGAGCUAAAUAGUAGCGUUUCCUUGUGUGCUUCUCCAAAGCUGUGUAUCAACUGUGAGUCAAGCCAUGACCCGAGAAACUAGAGUGUGGUAGAACUUAAUUCUCUUUUAUUUGUUUUGUUUUUUACGUUAAUAAUACAAUUUAGCAUACUAAAACAAACAAAUCCAUUAGAAAGCUGUUUCAGAAUUGUUCAGGGUUUUUUUCGGCACCAUUAUGUGGUUCUUUUAAGUGCCAAAGUGAUCAUGAAGUAGUUUGCAUCCCGUCAUUGUGCAGAGCAGUCCACACUUCUGUAGUGUUUCCUGUGGCAGGGACUUGGGUAAUUCAGAUUAGCGCUAACAGGAGUUUGACAAGAAUAAUCAGUGUUUAAUGUUGGUUGUGUGAGAUGCUUCCGCAGUCACGCUGCCGCUUCAGUUCCUAGCUAAAUCAGUGUAAACCAAGCUUUUCCAAACCAUAGUCCAUUUUAAAUUCUUCAUAAACAAGGAAAAAGGUUUUGUAGCUUUGCAGCGAGUACUGCAUUGAAGUAUACUUUAGCAGGUGAUACAAAAUUGUCACUCAGGAUUAGAAAUUAGAUUUAUGGAUUCCUCAGUGGGUUAAAAAACAGUAACUAUAUAACAUAGUAUGCACUUAAUUAAAGAAAAUUGCUGUUUGUUAAUAUAAGUUCAUGGUACUAUAAUUUUCAAAAACAUUCCAUAUUUAUUUUAAUAUCUUUAUUGAAUGUUUAUUUAAAAAUCUAUUUUAGUAAUAUAAAGUUGGAUAUUUUGCCAAAUCUUCGGAAUAAUCAGAUUUAACGAUUUACUCAGGAAAUAUGUAUAUUAUUAUAUAAAUGUACUCAUAGUAUGUAGAGAUUUUUUUUGGGGAAGGGAUAUUUGCAAAAUAUUUACACAAAGCUAACUAUAUACUAGGUUACCAAAGCUGUUUAACUAAUUAAUUUUUCGCAUGGAAGAUUUAGUAAGUUUAAUUGCUGUUAACUUGUCUCCAUUGUGUGGCUUAGACAAUCAGAGUGUUACGUAUACAUGUGAAUGUUCAGGGUGAGAAUUAGAAAAGAGUAAUUCAAGUUUUGUUCUUAGGGCUCUUACAGGUAUUUUAAUGUCUUACUGUCACAUGAUCUCUUAACAUGUACUAAUAACCAACUAAGGUUCUUGGGUAUCAGUAUAUUAGUGAGUAUAUUUUGGAGAGUUGUUCUUAUUUUAAAAUUGAAUUAAGUUGGGGAUAUAAGCAACAUUUGAAAGACAAAAAUGAAGGUUUUUCUGUUCCAUAGUGUUUGAUGUUGAAUUUGACAUUUUGUGGAUAAAUCUGUGCUUGUUUCCAUAUCUAAAUGUACUUGCCAAAUGUUCCAAAUACGGUUCUGUAGUUUUGGA